AUGAACUGGGGGAUCUUUGAGGGGCUCCUGAGCGGGGUCAACAAGUACUCCACAGCCUUCGGGCGCAUCUGGCUGUCCCUGGUCUUCAUCUUCCGCGUGCUGGUGUACCUGGUGACGGCCGAGCGCGUGUGGAGUAAUGACCACAAGGACUUCGACUGUGACACCCGCCAGCCGGGCUGCUCCAACGUCUGCUUCGACGAGUUCUUCCCCGUGUCCCAUGUGCGCCUCUGGGCCCUGCAGCUCAUCCUGGUCACGUGCCCCUCGCUGCUCGUGGUCAUGCACGUGGCCUACCGCGAGGCGCGGGAGAAGAAGCACCGAGAGGCAGCGGGGAAGAACAGUGGGCGCCUCUACCUGGACCCCGGCAAGAAGCGGGGUGGGCUCUGGUGGACGUACGUCUGCAGCCUUGUGUUCAAGGCCGGCGUGGAUGCCGCCUUCCUCCACGUGUUCCGCUCGUUCUACCCCAAAUACACCCUCCCUCGCGUGGUCAGGUGCCACGUGGCUCCGUGUCCCAAUACGGUGGACUGCUUCAUCUCCAAGCCCACGGAGAAGAACAUCUUCACUCUCUUCAUGGUGAUCACGGCCAUCAUUUGCAUCAUGCUCAACCUGGUGGAGCUGGCCUACCUGGUGAGCAAGAGGUGCCGGGAGUGCCUGCUGGCGAGAAAAGCCCGGGCCACGGGCCUGGGCCACCCCUGGAACUGGGUCACCUCUUCCUCCAAACAGGACGAUCUCCCCUUGGGCAACCUCAUCUUUCUGGGCUCAGACGCUCCCCCUCCUCUCUCACCAGACCACCCUCGAGACCAUGUGAAGAAAACCAUCCUGUGA